GAGUUGUUUUAUUGUGAAACGUAAAAGCGGAAAUGACACUUUAUUGCACCUGCGUAUUGACGGCGGCGGUCACUUGUUGAGCGCAGCCCAGACAGGAAAACGCCCACUAAGAAUCCUUUUGUAAAGCAACGCCCACAGGCUGGUCUAUUUAUCCGGUGGAGACCCAGAGAGCGCGCAUCACCGCUGCUUAUAAUGUCUGGCGAGGAGGCUCCAACUCAGCCGCAGCCGCAGCCUGAGCAGGAGGAGGCUCCGGAUGACUCUCCUCCGGCCGCUCCGGGAGCUCCACGGGAGUCCGAGGACAGGCCCGUCUCCUGGCGCGCCCUGGUGCUCACCGGCUACGGGGGCUACGACAAAGUCAAGCUGCAGGUGAAGACGCAGAGCCGGGCGCCGCUGAAGGAGGGAGAGGUGCUGGUGCGCGUCCACGCGUGCGGGCUCAACUUCGCCGAGCUGCUGGCCAGACAGGGGCUCUACGACCUGCUGCCCUCGCCCCCGGUCACCAUGGGGAUGGAGGGCUCCGGGGUCAUCGAGGCGGUGGGCGAGAAGGUGGAGGACAGGAAAGUGGGGGACCGCGUCAUCGUGCUGAGCCGCAGCGGCGUGUGGCAGGAGCUGGUCUCUGUGGCCGCGAGCCGCACGUACCUCAUGCCCGACGGGAUGAGCUUCGAGGACGGCGCCGCGCUCCCCAUCAACUACAUGACGGCCCACAUGAUGCUGUUCGACCUGGCCAACGUGAGGCCGGGCAAGAGCGUGCUGGUGCACAUGGCCGCAGGUGGCGUGGGCGUCGCCGCCACCCAGCUGUGCCGGACGGUGCCGGACGUGACCGUGUUCGGCACGGCGUCCGCCUCCAAACACGAGGCCAUCGCCCAGGGCGGCGUCACGCACCCCAUCGACUACCGCACCAAAGACUACGUGGAGGAGAUCCGCAAAAUCAGCCCGAAGGGUGUGGACAUUGUUCUGGACCCACUCGGCGGUUCAGACACCCAGAAGGGCUUCGCUUUGUUGAAACCUCUAGGAACGCUGGUCGUGUUUGGUGCCGCCAACUGUGUGACGGGCCAGAGGAAGAACCUGCUGGCCAUGGCCAAGACCUGGUACAACCAGCUCUCCCUCAACGCCCUGAAGCUGAUGCAGGCCAACAAGGCCAUCGCCGGCUUCCACCUGGGCCACGUGGGCGACGAGCAGCUCCUCGGCGCCACCAUGCGCACGCUGCUGGACCUCUACGCGCGGGGGAAGAUCAAGCCCCGCAUUGACUCGCGCUACCACUUCGAGGAGGUGGCCGACGCCAUGAGGCGCAUGCACGAGCGCCAGAACAUCGGGAAAGUCAUCCUCCUCCCCGAACCCAGGAAGGAGAGGGAGGAAGAGCCGCCGGCCGACGCUGAGCGGGUGGAAAAAGCCGAACCGGCCGCCAGCGGGGCGAAAGAAGGAGCCACAGAGGAAGAAGCGGAGGCCGCGAAGGAUUGAGCAAGAGCGGUCGUUCGAAUGGUAUUUUUCAAACACUUCCCCAACACGUUUCCCUCCUCUCUGUCAGACGAAAACAAGCUGAAAAAUACAGAAAAAAAAGGUUGUUGUUUUUUUUUUUUGGACUGUCAGUAUUUACAGAUGUUGUGUUGUGCAAUGCGUCUACACUGCAGGGUGUCAUUUUUAAACGCACGGCGGCUUUGUUAGAGGAAUAACGACGUGACCUCUGACACCAGGUCAACAAGAGCUCAGAUCUGAGAACAACAAACCACAGACGGCGUAUUUAGAUAAAAACAGAGAAACCCUCCACUAGAUAUAGGUGUGAAAAUUGAUUAGUAUAUUUUGUUAUAGAUACAUUUUCACACAAUUAUACAAAGUGACCCACGAGCCUUAACCGCCACUGUGAGAAUAAAAGCACAAUGACUUGAUUCUUAGGGGACUUUCUUUGCAUUUCUUUUAUUUUUUUCUGUCGUCUGACUCAUUUGUGCCAAAUUGAAGGACCACCUCUGGGAAUUACUUGUGUGGCCGAACCCUAGAAAGUGAAUGGUGCCUGGUUUCCAGCUCUCGCACGUAGGAAGAUGCUCUGAUCUGUGUCCUGAUCAUUUGCAGGGCUCUCACCGGGGACGAACUGAGCCUUCUUUCCACAGUAACCCACUUUUUUUUUUUUUUUUUCAUGCACCAUCUGCUUUUUACAUGAAUGAGCGUAAAUGGCGGCUGGAGCUCGCCGGUCCCCACGCUUCGUCCAGCUGUGGGUGUAAUUCAAUGCCGGGACACAGCCGACGCUCCUGAAGCGCCAGAGCGAGAGUUUCCCCCGCACUCGGAUCAGAGCGGCGCCUCGCAUUCCUCUGUCCACCCUCCCGGGCCUGCUUUGUGUCCCUCUAAUCCGGUUCCCCCUGCAGCACACGUUGUUUUGAUGUCUGAAGAGCACUUUUAGCAGGGUUCCACAGAUAAUGGUUUGUGUUUGUUAUAUUGGUGACAUGUUUUUCCUUUGGCCACUUGGACCAGGAUUGUCAAGGUUCUGCCAGGUUUCCUGUUCCCAGUGUGAAGUAAGAGCUGAUGUGGAUUCGAAGCGGGAACUGGACUCGAGCUGGUCUUUUUGGAUUGUUUGAAACUGAACCAUCGCUUAUUGUGAACAUGUGUAACCACAUAGAGGUGGAGCUGAUGAGUGUGUGGGUCGUGCACAACAGCUUUACUGGCAAAUUACAAACACAUCGGUGCCUAAGAUGCUAAGUUGUGUUUUAUGUUUUACAUGUGGGUUUGUGUCAAAUGUAAACAUUGUAACAAUUUAACACCGCUGCCAAAAUGUAACCUUCAUAAUAAAAGUGACCUGUUGUUAUAAAA